UGAUGAUAAGACACGUGACGGACAGUCAGACCCUUGAGAGACGAAAACCCGUUCUGAAGGACGAAAACUAUUGUAUAAAAGGCUUUUUUAGUCCGACUUUUCAUCGAAAUUCCAAACAAAAUGAUUUUUGUGUCGUCUUUGGUCUCAAUUAUUGUCGUUUUGGACGUCGUCUUUGCGUCCGUCGUCCCGGACGUCACACACGUCAACAAUAAUGUCGGAAUCGCUGUCUUCCAAUCAUUCAAUUUGGACGACAAUCUGGUGGUCAGUCCUCCCGUCGCCACCGCAUCUCUGGUCACACUAUUGAUGGCCGCGAAGGGCGAGUCGGCGGACGCGUUGAGAACAGCUCUGGAAAUGACACCAAAAACUGACGAAAAGUCUUUUUCUUCACUUUUGAAACCGAUUUCUGAAAUAAAAAGUUCUCAAAGACUGAUAUCUUCUGAAAAACCGAAAAAAGAUUUCAAAACAAUUGCAAAACAAUUGGAAUCAGAAAUCAUUUCAAUUGAUUUCUCUUCAAAACAAUCGGCAAAAGACUUGACUCUUUGGUCUCUAAACGCUUCCGACGGAAGAAUCGCCGUAAAAGACAUUUUGGAUUCUAAACAACAAUUGAUUUCUAUCGGCGUUGUUGUCGCCAAAUUCACGGUCCCGAUGCGACCUGAUCCCCGAGAACGCGAUUUCCAUAAUUUUGUUUCCUAUUCUUUCCCAGGAAUGGCGUCUCGAAUCCCGUUUUUCUCGACUGAAACCGAAUUGAAAUCAAAAGACUUUUCCGAAGAAAAAUCGAUUUCAGUUUUGAUUGAUUUAAACCAAGAUUUGUCUCUAUUUUUGGUUUUGCCGAAAACUUCAGAAGAUUUAGAGUUUUUAAACGAAAACUUAACGCAAAGUCUUUUGGAAAAAAUGAUUUCCGAAACGACAAAAACAACGGCGAAAAACAUGCGAUUAAUUGUUCCGCAAAUUCGCGUCGAAAGCGAAAUCGAUUUAAAAGACGUUUUCGAAGAAUUGAAUUCGAAUUUCGAUUUUAGUAAAGGAUUCGAUUCGAAGACCGAAAUCAAAGUCUCGAAUGUUCUUCAAAAAGUCGCGCUCGAAGUGUCCGCCGAAGACCAGGACGAAGAUCAAGAUCAGAAUGACAAAGACGAACCGACUCCGGGAGUUCCCGAACUGGUCUUCGAUCGGCCGUUUGUGUUUGCAUUGCUGACGUCGUCCGGAACGACGGUUUUGUUGGGAAGAAUUCAAAGUCUUUUCGACGAAAAAGUGUUGUCUUUUCAGUUCAUUUAAAAUAAUAAUUCAUUUUAAAAAUCAAUAAAAGCUUUAUUUC